UCAUACGAUUCGCACAAAACGCGGAUUAAUAUACGUAUAUUAAUCCGUGGCACAAAGUACAUAAAAUAUAUUUGUAUUAUUUUUAUACAGCUUAUAUUCAUAGGCGGAAUCGUGGUCUUUCUUUAAUCUGUUCUGUGAUCAAAUAGCACGAAGACAAGAAUAUUCUAAUUUAGUAUGAUUAUUGUGAUCUAGGGGCGGAGUAUAAGGUCUGUGAUUAUUUUAAACUUCUAUUGGUCACACUGAAUGAAUAUUGAUAAAGGUCAUUUUAAUGAGAUAAGAUACAUUUUCCAUUUUUCGCUUUUCAUUAUAAUUAGUAUUUACCUUUUUUUUUAUCGGUCGUUUACUGUAAGGAAUUUAUUAAUUUUCACUAAACAUGUCUAUUAUAAAAGCUUUAGCUUCCAAUGUGGCUGUUCGCCGCUGGGCAUAUAAUCUUUCUGGUUUCAAUAAAUUCGGAUUACAUCACGAUGAUGUAUUGCAAGAAAAUGAGGAUGUUAAGGAAGCAUUAAGAAGAUUACCAGCCCACAAAGUAGAUGAAAGGUCAUUUAGAAUAAUGAGAGCAAUGCAGCUCUCAUUACAAAAAAUUGAACUUCCUAAAGAAGAAUGGACUAAGUUUGAAGAAGAUGACCGUUAUUUACAACCAUAUCUCGAAGAAGUCAUAAAAGAAAGAGAAGAAAAAGAAUACUGGGAAAAAAAUUACUAUUAGACCUUUAUAUUAUGUAAUAUUAAAAAUAAAAAAAUCCCAUAGUCACAAUUAAAUUCUUGUAACAAAUAUUUCAAUUACCAUCGUUUUGAGUAAAAAAUGUUUUAAAAAUUGUAUUAUUAUACGCAAUAUAAUUUUAGUUUUCUGUUAAGAAAAAUAAAAUGAGUUAUAUCUUA